AUGGAUGAUCAACACUACGCUGAGAACGUUCUCAUCGACGAGACGCUCCAGCGUCCAAUUCUUACUAUCCUUGCUAACGCCGCUGACGACGCUCGCCAAAAGUUGACGGCAUAUGUGCAAACGACAGGCGAAUGCGCCACUGCUCUGAUUGUUGAACUCAAUGCGAUCUUCACUGAUUUUAAACAAGCAAUGAACAGAGAAAGCACCCACGAAGGCAGAUUGCGCCUAGAAGCCGAGGCUGAAGCCAAAGGGGCGAUCGUCACAAAUAACUUUGACGCCGACCACCGCGAGAAGGUGUCUCGUUUGGUAACGCUCUCUGCUGAAGAAGAAGCCCACUUCCAUCGGGAGUAUGAUAUCUGGCAGCGUACGCAGAGCUACCUUUAUGAAAAACACCGUGAAAAAUUGGCACAAUUCGCCGCCGAAACGUUUGCCGGUACCAAUGUUAUCGCGGUGAGAUUCCCGCCGUUUGCCUAA